GGUGGUGUGAAGUCAUUAUUAACUAUUUGUCGUAGUAAUCCAGUCAAGUUUGCCCAUAUACAGGCCUUACGAGCUUUAUCUUCAUUAAGCUGUUUACCAGAUGUUAUAGCUGAACUAGAAAAGGAGAAAGGGUUAAGUUUAUUAUUAGAUAUAUUAUGUGAUGAAACAGCAUCAGAAAAUUUAAAAGGAGAAGCUGCAGGUGUUUUAGCUCAGAUUACCUCCCCUGCUAUAGAACAUAAUUAUUUUAUUGGUGAAUUAAUUGAUAAUUUACAACAUUUAAUACACUCUCUUAUUAGAUUAUGUUGUGAAACAGAGAGUCAAGAAAUGUUUCUGCUGGCCUCGGCAGCCAUUGCUAAUUUAACAUUUAUAGAUUCUAUGGCUUGUGAUGUUCUAGCCAGUAUUAGUGCUGCUGAAAUAUUUAUUUUAUCUACCUCAACUGAUAAAGCUCAAACAUUGUUUGCCAAGGACCAGAUUGCUACUAUUCUAGCCAAUAUGGCAGCUAUUGAUGAGUAUCAUGGUUGUAUUAGUGAACCUGGUGGUGUAUGUUUAUUGGUUGAUUUAUUAUCUAUAUCCCCUACUAACUAUCAUACUGAAGCAGAACUAGCAGCAUGUGAGAGAGUUCUACAGAAAGCUGCUAUAGCUCUCACUAGGUUAUGUAGAGAAGAGAAGAAUGCUCAAGCUAUAGCUGAUAGUAAUGGUAUUCCUAGAUUAGUUGAACUAUGUCGUCAACCAGAUGAACGUUGUGGUAGUGAUGCUGUGUUAGUAGCUAGUUUGGCAGCAUUACGUAAAGUGUGUACUAGUUGUGGUAAAGAAGGUAUAAAAUCAUUAGAUGUUCAACAACUUAUAGAACCUAGAUUAAUGGAUUCUUUCUUAAUGUGUUCACAUAGUGAUGAAAACUUUGUUUGA